GGUUGUCACAUUGCAUCACAUGACGGAAGAAUCCAGGAAGUAUUUUGGUUACCAAAGGCGGAAGCGUAUAUUUUACUGAACCUGAAAGUGUUUUUAGGAGAAAACCUUGUUAACGAGGAGCAACACGGUUGUAACUAACUAUUCACAGGGCGGAGUGGAUAUUGUUUUUCGUUGUUGGUAGACCGGGUCACUCAUCCGCUGCAUAUCCGAUCCGGUCCUCCCACCGAGUUUUGGCUUCUGACCUCGCUCACCAUCAGUGCCUGUGCGUCCAGACUCAGCUUUCAUCUUUACCCCUCGUUAACCUGUAGUUUCAGUCCAUCUCAUCCAUAACAGCCUCUGUCUCUGUCAAUGGCUGGGCGCGGUGGAGGACCCACCAGGCCAAAUGGUGCCACAGCAGCAAACAAAAUCUGCCAAUUCAAACUGGUGCUGCUGGGGGAGUCAGCGGUGGGCAAGUCCAGCUUAGUGCUGCGCUUUGUCAAAGGCCAGUUUCAUGAUUUCCAGGAGAGUACCAUUGGAGCCGCCUUCCUCACUCAGACCGUCUGUCUGGACGACACCACUGUGAAGUUUGAGAUCUGGGACACGGCAGGUCAAGAGCGCUACCACAGCCUGGCUCCAAUGUACUACAGAGGCGCUCAGGCGGCCAUCGUGGUCUACGACAUCACCAACACAGAUACUUUUGUACGAGCGAAGAACUGGGUGAAGGAGCUGCAGAGACAAGCCAGUCCCAACAUAGUGAUCGCUCUGGCUGGAAACAAGGCAGACAUCGCAAACAAGCGAGCUGUAGACCUUCAGGAGGCACAAACGUACGCUGAGGACAACAGUCUACUCUUCAUGGAGACCUCAGCAAAGACUGCCAUGAACGUCAAUGAAAUUUUUAUGGCUAUUGCAAAGAAGCUACCGAAGAGCGAUCCUCAGGGUGGAGCUGGACAAGGGGGGCGGACCAGGACAGGAGUGGAUCUACAAGAAGCUGCUCCUCAGAGCCGUAGCAGCCAGUGCUGCGGCGGUGGCGGCGGCAAUUAGCAAGUACAAAACAAUGAACUUAGUGAGCGAGCCCUGAACAUCGUUUUAAGGACAGCACGUAGCUAAAAAUCCCAGAGAGGCAAGAGAGGGCAGAGCCACUCGCCACCCCUGCACUUAACCUGAGAUUACAGAUGAGAUUAUCUGGAUCCUCUUUGAUUAAAGGAACAUCAUUUUUUUUUUUUUUAAAGAAUCAUAAGCUAGAGGGAAUUACCAAGAUCCCUCACUACUUCUCUGUCUUUCCCCCGUGUUUCUAUCUACCUCCCUGUUCAUCUUCAGCCUCUGUCUCAGUUUAUUGAAUUCUGUCUUAAAUGAUUUAGUUUUUUCGAAGGGUGAUGGUGAGGUUGUUUGCCAUUUUCCCCGUUUGUUUGUGUGUGUGUGUGUGCGUGUGCGUGUGUGUGUGUGUGUGUCUAUGUUAUGUAUGUGUAUGUAUAUAGUACAUACACAUACAUGUAUAUUGGCAGUUUACUUUUCUACUCUUGUCGUUUCCCUAUUGAUCAUGAUUAUUAAAGAUACAAAUUCCCAACUACUAAUGCGGAAAUUUCAAACGACAGAGCAAUUAAUCUUAAAGUUUUCUGACUUAUUGCAAUUAAGAGAACAGCAUUGUGUUCUCGUUAGGGACCUCGACAUGACACAGUUAUAAGGAAAGCUCCAGACUUUGCUUAUUGAAACAGUUUGUGAUUUAAUAGGCUACACAUCGGAAGAUGUUUCUGAACUGUACAACAAAUGCAGUUGUUUGCAUUCAUUGUGUAUGGAUACCUGUAACACCAGAGAGUUGUUAGCCUUUUUUAAAAGAAAUGUGAAAAUACCUUGUAAAAUUAAAAACGGUAAUAAAUAACAUGCAAGAUUCA